UCCUGCACCAUGGACGCUUUCCGAGAGCCAAGGCGGCUGAGACUGUGUGCUGUCGACAAGAUGUUGCCCAUUUUGAUUUUGCUGCUGAAUACGGUCUCUCUGAUGAAUGCGGAGGACAACGGGAUGGAGGAACUUGCCACCGAAAAAGAAGCCGAAGAAAGUCACCGUCAGGACAGCGUGAAUUUAUUGACAUUCAUUUUACUGCUGACCUUAACGAUUCUCACCAUCUGGCUCUUCAAACACAGACGAGUUCGUUUCCUUCAUGAGACUGGAUUGGCUAUGAUAUACGGUUUGUUGGUGGGGGUGAUACUCCGUUAUGGUAUCCCUGCCACUAGCUACCACAACAAAACUCCACCAAGCUGCUCACUGAAAGAAGGGCCUGUCAGUACACUGCUGCUUAAUGUCAGUGGCAAGUUCUUUGAGUAUACCCUCAAAGGGGAGAUAAACUCACGUGAAAUUCACAACGUGGAACAGAAUGAUAUGCUGCGCAAGGUUACGUUUGACCCUGAAGUGUUCUUCAACAUAUUGCUGCCCCCAAUUAUUUUCCAUGCCGGAUACAGUUUAAAAAAGAGACACUUCUUUAGGAAUCUGGGCUCCAUCAUAACAUAUGCUUUUCUUGGAACGGCCAUCUCAUGUUUUGUUAUUGGGAAUCUAAUGUACGGCGUGGUCAAAUUGAUGCAGGUGGUAGGGCAGCUAACCGAUAAGUUCUACUACACCGACUGCCUUUUCUUUGGAGCCAUCAUCUCUGCCACAGAUCCAGUGACGGUGCUGGCCAUCUUUAAUGAGCUUCAUGCAGAUGUGGAUCUCUACGCUCUGCUGUUUGGAGAAAGCGUUAUGAAUGAUGCGGUGGCCAUAGUACUUUCCUCGUCUAUUGUGGCCUACCAGCCCAGUGGAGCAAACACACACAUGUUCGAUGCCUCAGCUUUUUUCAAGUCUGUGGGUGUUUUCUUGGGCAUUUUCAGCGGCUCCUUUGCCAUGGGUGCAGUCACUGGAGUUGUCACUGCCCUCGUCACCAAGUUCACCAAGCUGCACUGCUUCCCACUGUUGGAGACAGCCCUCUUCUUCCUCAUGUCCUGGAGUACCUUCCUAUUGGCCGAAGCCUGCGGGUUUACAGGUGUCGUGGCUGUUCUGUUCUGUGGCAUCACACAGGCUCACUACACUUACAACAACCUCUCGGAAGAGUCCACGAAGCGCACCAAACAGCUCUUCGAGGUCCUGCACUUUCUGGCUGAGAAUUUCAUCUUCUCCUACAUGGGCUUGGCUCUUUUUACAUUCCAGAACCACAUUUUCAGCCCUAUCUUCAUUGUAGGGGCUUUUAUUGCCAUCUUUAUUGGAAGAGCGUCCAACAUUUAUCCACUCUCCUUCCUUCUCAACCUUGGCCGCAGGCACAAGAUUAAAGGAAACUUCCAGCACAUGAUGAUGUUUGCAGGCCUGCGUGGGGCAAUGGCGUUUGCCCUGGCCAUUCGGGAUACGGCCACAUAUGCCCGCCAGAUGAUGUUCACCACAACGUUGCUAAUUGUCUUCUUCACUGUCUGGGUGUUUGGUGGUGGGACCACUCCCAUGCUGUCAUGGCUGCACAUCAGGGUCGGAGUUGACCCAGAUCAAGACCUGCAGCCCUGUGGAGACAACUUCCAGGUCCUGCAAGGGGAUGGGACUCAGGCGGAGGGACAAAGUAAAACCAAACAGGAGAGUGCCUGGCUCUUCAGACUUUGGUACACCUUCGAUCACAAUUACAUGAAGCCCAUCCUGACACACAGUGGCCCGCCGCUCACCACCACCCUGCCAAGCUGCUGUGGACCAUUGGCUCGUUGCCUUACCAGCCCUCAGGCCUACAAGAACCACGAGCAGCUUAGGGAGCCCGACUCUGACUUCAUCCUUAAUGACGGCGACCUGACCCUCACGUACGGAGACACCGCCAUCACAGCAAACGGGGCAUCCGCCGGGGGUGCAGACGCAGCGGGUGGGCUGGGCUGGAGUGUGAACGGAAAGAGGAGCGGCAGCACCUCCGAGGAGGCCCUCGAACGCGAGCUUGACUCCCGUGAGCAAGAGCUGCUAAGCCACGGCACGCGCCUCGUCUUCCCCAUCGAGGACCACAUCUGACCCCCCCCCCAUCACCAACCCCAAUCCUCCAUUGCACCACUGUCACCCGACCGACCCCCUUCUCCCUCCCUAAAACGCCUCCUCGCCCUUGACCCUGCACAUAUCUCACUCCUGCAGCGCGGAGUCCAGCACUUCACAGAGAUUGGACAAACUGGAGAUGGGAAUGAACACGAGGGGAUGAGGGGAGGGUUUAGACUGAUGCUGAGCUCCUGGUGCGGGCACAGAGCUUAAGAAGGAGCAUCUCAUCUUAUUAUUCUGCUGGAGUCGAGGCUUCAGCAGGCAUGCGUUCCCCAUGGGCUCCGUACUGUUUAUACUGUGAUUCAGUUCUACUGGUUCUUUUCUCCCCCCCUGCAUUAUUAGGAGGGACAUAUGCAGGAUUUAGAGACAAUCUAGCGUCAUGGCAUACUUGAUGUCUGCGCUUUUGAUUGUAAAAUAUUUUGUGUGUUCAAUUUGGGCUGAAAAUUAACAGAAUGAUGUUGUGCCAGUCAGUACUCUUAUCACUGCGUUUUGAUUUGUCCUGACAGUUUAUCUGUUACUCCUUGUACGAUUGCUGAGAAGCCUUCCUCUGCUGUUUUUAAGCUGAACUGAUACCUCUAGCAAUCACACGGCACUGAGGUACUGCGUUGAGUCUUAUACACAACUCAUUUCCAAGAUCAUGAAUUCUGUGCUCAUCAUGUAUCAUUUGUCUUGAGACUGCUGCGCUGCCACAGUUCAGUGAAUAUCGUGUUGAAUAUUUCCUUAUAGUUGCACAAAAGCGUCUGGAAAAUCUUUAACUGGACAAAUUCGCAGGAUGCUUAAUGUUCGGCCCU